UGAGGCUUGUGAUGACAUUUGUGCUAGCAGCGCGGUAGGAGAAGUUACCACUCCGCAGGGAAACUGUAGCUACCACCGCAGAACUGGAGUAAACUGCUCAUGUCGUCUUUGGCGAGCGCGGAGCGACGUGCGUUCGCUCUGAAAAUCAACAGACACUCGUCUGCUGAGAUCAGGAGACACUUCGGUGGGAACUAUGGGUCCCCCCAGGUCUCCAAGCAACACAGUCGCCACAGCUCCAAUGCAUCAGUCUCCACUUGCUCCACCGUGCCCCAGUCAUAUGACGCGGUGGAGCCCUUGGACCUGGAAGAGUUUUUGAUGUCACAGCUACGGAGUGGAGACUCCGCCCUCAUGCAGGAGCUUGGAGAUUUCCCCGACGACGACCUGGAAGUAGAACUGGUGGAGAAGGAGUGUCGGACCGUACGCCACUCUGUACCGGAGGAGGGGGUGGAGUUGGAUUCCCAUGUCAGGGACUGUGUUCAGAGUUACACCCAACCCUGGCUGAUGGUCAGCAGGAGGUGCCAGGGAGAUAGUUGGACUGCAUAUUCGGAGCGGGCAUGUCUACACAAAACUCUGCAGAAACAGACAUUUGAGUCUGACGUGCAGCCAGAGAAACUAGAGACACCGGUGAAGUCCCCGUCUCUGGCGGUACUGAGUGAUGACUCCAGCAGGACCCUGACCUCCUCUGACUUUGACCUCCGCUCUGGUCUGACCCCUGACCCCAGAGUGGAGGGGCUGCUGCACUUCAGUAACCAUGACGACCUGGACAGGUUCAACCAGGAAGCCCGGCAGGGGAACCGCCACCCUGAGCUGUUUGCCCUGUACCCACCCGCCGACGAGGAUGAUGCAGUGGAGAUCCGGCCCAUUCCCGACUGUCCCAAAGAGCACAUGGGAGACAGGAUCAUCAUCCGGUGUCAGGCCAUCAAGUUUGAGAUUGACAUUGAACCACUAUUUGCUACCCUGGCUCUGUACGACCUGCGAGAGAAGAAAAAGAUAUCCGAGAACUUCUACUGUGAUCUGAACUCAGACCAGUUUAAAGGGUUCCUGAGACCCCACACGCCACAGACGGACCACUCCACCCUCUCCCGAGCAGCCAUCUUCUCCAUCACAUACCCCUCCCCAGACAUCUACCUGGUCAUCAAGAUAGAGAAGGUGCUGCAGCAGGGAGAGAUCAGUGACUGUGCGGAACCAUACAUGGUCAUGAAGGAGACGGACUCAGCAAAGAACAAGGAGAAGCUGGAAAAGCUGCGUAAUCAGUCUGAGAUGUUCUGUCAGAGACUUGGUCGCUACCGCAUGCCCUUUGCCUGGGCUACAGUCAACAUCAUGAACGUCAUCAGCACCGCCACACUGGACCGAGACACCACCGACUCUGACAGCCUCAACGGUAAAUCCAGCAGUCUGGAAAAGAGAGGUCAGUUGCCCAGGAGGAACUCAGAGAGGUUCGGUACCAUGGAAGACCAGUGUAACAUGUCUGCCUUCAAACCUGCUACCAUCACCAUCAGCACCUUCUGCAAGCAGGAGGGGGACCGUCUGAGUGAUGAGGACUUGUUUAAGUUCCUGGCAGACAUCAAGAAGUUCUCAUCCCUGCAGAGAAGAAUUAAAACCAUACCAGGUACAAUAAGACUGGAUGUGACUCCGGUCCAUGACAACCCAGUGGCCUGUCUGUCUACUGAGCUGAUCCCAGUCAAACCACUGGCUGAGAAGAACGUCCGACCUGUCAAAGAGGUGUUGGAGUUCCCCUCCAGCGAGGUCUAUGUUCCACACAGCACUUACAGGAACCUGCUCUAUGUAUACCCCCAGCGACUCAACUUUGUCAACAGGCUGACUUCAGGAGGAAGGAAUAUCACUAUUAAAAUCCAGUUUAUGAGUGGAGAAGACCCCAGCUGUGUGAUGCCUGUCAUUUUUGGGAAAUCGAAUGGUCCUGAGUUUGUGCAGGAAGUAUACACCCCAGUCACGUACCAUAACAAGUCUCCAGACUUCUAUGAGGAGGUGAAGAUGGCUCUGCCUGCCAGGCUGACUGAGAGACACCACCUGCUGUUCACAUUCUACCACAUCAGCUGUCAACAGAAACAGAACCAGACUGGAGCCAGUGAGACACUCAUAGGUUACUCUUGGCUGCCUAUACUGAGUACUGACAGACUACAGACUGGUCAGUACUGCCUCCCUAUCGCCCUGGACAGAUUGCCUGUUAACUACUCACUGCACUCACCUGAGAGGAUUACCCCUCAGGUUCCUCCAGUCAAGUGGAUGGAAAGUCACAAAGGAGUUUUCAACCUGGAGAUACAGGCUGUGUCCUCAGUACACACACAGGACAACCACUUGGAACGUUUCUUCACAUUGUGCCAUGCCCUGGAGGGCGGAGUGACGUUCCCUCUCCGGGUUCGGGAAGAGAAGAUUCCGGAGAACAAGCUGGAGCAUGAGCUGAAGCUGAGCAUCAUCUCCCUGUCGUCCUCCAGACUAGAACCUCUGGUCCUCUAUCUCCAUCUGGUCUUAGAUAAACUGUUCACCCUCAUCAUGCAGCCCAUGGUCAUCGCUGGACAAACAGCCAACCUGGCCCAGAUAGCGUUUGAGUCAGUGGUGUCAAUCGUCAACAGUCUCCACAACAGCCAGGAGUUGGCCAGGGACCAGCAGGGCAGGAACGGUCUCCUAGCAACAUACCUGUACUGGGUGUUCCGUCUGCCUGACUCCAAUGAGCUCCUUAACACAGGUCCAGGGGGUGUGGUACCUCCCACUGAGGGCCGCUACAGUACUAUGGGGCGGGCCUCGGCCACCACAGUAGGUACCAUGUUACUGCAGUCCCGGCUCCGCAGCAGCAGCAACCCUGAUAUCCCUGCCCCACACACUGCAGAAGACGCAGAGGUGAAAAACGUCCUGUCAGCUAAGGGCCAGAACAACCCAGGCAGUCGUAUGUCGACCUAUGUGGAUGUGAGCAGCCACCCUCAGAGCUCUACGGGCGGGACCCGGCCCUCCAACAGAAAACAGUUCCAUGAAGAGUUGGCUCUACAGAUUGUGGUCAGCACAGGAGUCUGCAGAGAGAACGCAUAUAAAUAUGCCUGGUUCUUCUUUGAACUGUUGGUGAAGAGCAUGGCCCAGCAUGUGUCUCAGCUGGAGAAGCAAGACGUCCCUCGCAGGAGCCGCUUCUCAGACCGCUUCAAAGAUGAUGUCACAACCAUUGUCUCUGUGGUUACUGCUGAGAUAGGGACCAUCCUGGUCAAACAGCAGAAGGAGUUGGAGCAGGCAGAGAAGGUGAACAUCAGCCUGGCCUUCUUUCUGUAUGACCUGCUGUCUCUAAUGGACCGAGGCUUUGUCUUCAUCUUGGUCAAAAACUACUGCAACCAGAUGUCGACAAAGACCGUUUCCAUGCCAACCCUGAUAAGCAUGCGAUUGGAGUUCCUGCGUAUCCUGUGCAGUCACGAGCACUACCUCAACCUCAGCCUUUACUUCAGUAGCCCUGCCUCUGCACCCGUCUCUCCAUGCCCAUCCAUCUCCUCACAGAGCUCCAGUUCCUGUAGUUUCCAGGAGCAGAGGAUCCUGGGGCUGUUUGAGCUGUCCCAGGAGUUUAAACAGCAGCACUACCUCGCUGGUCUACUGCUCACUGAGCUCAGCGCUGCACUGGACAUGGAGUCAGAGGGGGGUAAGGUCCAGAAGAAGGCCAUCAACGCCACCUACAGUCUGCUGUGUGCACAUGACCUGGACCAGCGCUGUACCCGUCCUGACGUCCGGGCCAAGGUGGCCACUCUCUACCUCCCCCUGGUGGGCAUCAUCAUUGAUUCCAUCAACUACCUGGACUUCACAGUGUCCGAGGCUCGCGGAGGGAAGAGCAAGACCGGAGGGUCAGACGAAGACCCCGACAACAUCCCGCCCAUUAAUCAGUCUAUUGCUAUGGCAAUCGCCGGCAAUCCCUUCAACACCUUGGCGAGGAAUGCCCUGGCUUCCAUGGCGUCUGUGCAGUCUGCUAAGGCAGUGGCCACCCUGUCAGCAGAGACCAGUCGUAACCUGCUGCUGUGUUUCCUGUGGGUGAUGAAGAACGCUGAGAGGAGUCUGAUCCAGCGCUGGACUGUAGACAUGCCCUCAGCACAGCUCAACAGACUGCUAGAACUACUCACCAUCUGUGUUUCCUGCUUUGAGUACAGGGGGAAGCGGAGCAGUGAUAAGGUGAGCACGCAGGCCUUACAGAAGUCCCAGCAGGCCAAGAUGCAGCUGGAGGACUCCCUACUGAGGGGCAUCGGAGCCCGGGGGGAAAUGAUGCGCCGGGCUGGAGGAAGUGACCGUGCAGGUCAGAGAGUGAACCUGCGCUGGAGAAAAGACCUGACACAGUGGAGGCAGACCAAUGACAAACACGAUAAAACCAAAGCAGAGCUGGACCAGGAGGCUCUGAUCAGUGGGAAUCUGGCUACCGAGUCCAACCUCAUAGUCCUGGACCUACUGGAGACCAUAGUACAGGCUGUUCCAUUGUCUGACUGUAAGGAAAGUGUUGUGGGUGGUGUGUUGAGGGUGUUGCUACACUGUCUCACCUGCAACCAGAGUACAACCUUCCUGUCUCACUGCUUCAGCACACUGCGAGCACUCGUCGUCAAGUUUGGUGACCUGUUAUUUGAAGAGGAAGCCGAGCAGUGUGCAGACCUGUGUCAGAAGGUGCUCCAGCACUGUAGCAGUCCUGUGGAUGGAAAUAGAAGCCAGGCCUGCGCUACCCUAUACCUCAUCAUGAGAUACAGCUUCAGCUCAGCCAAUAACUUCUCCCGGGUGAAGAUGCAGGUGACUAUGUCUCUAGCCUCUCUGGUGGGGAAGUCCUCGGACUUCCAUGAGGAGUACCUCCGCAGGUCCCUACGCACCAUACUGGCCUAUGCAGAGGAGGACACCGAGAUGCAGAACACACCGCUGCCCUCACAGGUGGAUGAGCUGCUGAGGAACUUAAACAGUAUCCUGUCAGACACGGUGAAGAUGAGAGAGUUCCAGGAAGACCCAGAGAUGCUCAUGGACCUCAUGUACAGGAUAGCGAAGGGUUACCAGACGUCUCCUGACCUGAGGUUGACCUGGCUGCAGAACAUGGCGGAAAAACACAAGAACAGGAAGUGUUUUACCGAGUCAGCCAUGUGUCUGGUCCAUGCUGCAGCCCUGGUGGCUGAAUACCUCAGCAUGCUGGAGGACCACAAAUACCUACCUGUGGGCAGUGUCACCUUUCAGAACAUCUCUCCCAAUGUGCUGGAGGAGUCAGCGGUAUCAGAUGACAUACUGUCCCCAGAUGAGGACGGUGUCUGUUCAGGACAGUACUUCACCACCAGUGGUCUGGUGGGCCUACUGAAGCAGGCUGCGGAACUCUUCAGCAACGGUGGUCUGUAUGAGACAGUGAAUGAAGUGUAUAAGAUCAUAAUGCCUGUUCUGGAGGCUCACAGAGAUUUCCGGGAGCUGGUCUCUACUCACGAGAAACUCCAGAGAGCCUUCGACAACAUCAUUCAGAAGGGCCAUAAGAGGAUGUUUGGGACAUAUUUCCGAGUGGGUUUUUAUGGGGCCAAGUUUGGAGACCUGGACGAACAGGAGUUUGUUUACAAGGAGCCAGGGAUCACCCACCUGCCAGAGAUAUCCCACAGACUGGAGAACUUCUACAGUCAGUGUUUUGGCGAUGCCCUGGAGAUGAUCAAAGACUCCAAAGACAUAGACAGAAGCAAACUGGAUGCUAACAAGGCCUACAUACAGAUCACCUACGUGGAGCCCUUCUUUGAUGACUAUGAGAUGAAAGACCGCCUGACCAACUUUGAGAAGAACUUCAACUUGCGUCGCUUCAUGUACACCACGCCCUUCACAAAGGCCGGGCGGCCGCGCGGUGAGCUCAACGAGCAGUACAAGAGGAAGACCAUCCUCACCACCAUGCACACCUUCCCCUACAUCAAGACACGCAUCAACGUCAUCCAGAAAGAAGAGUUUGACCUGACUCCCAUUGAGGUGGCCAUCGAGGACAUGCAGAAGAAGACCAGGGAGUUAGCAGUAGCCACACACAGGGAGCAGCCCGAUGCUAAGAUGCUCCAGAUGCUUCUACAGGGCUCUGUGGGAGCCACCGUCAACCAGGGACCGUUGGAGGUGGCCCAGGUCUUUCUGAAUGACAUCCCAGCAGACCCCAAGCUCUUCCGCCACCACAACAAACUGCGCCUGUGUUUCAAAGAGUUCAUCAUGAGGUGUGGUGAGGCUGUGGAGAAGAACAAGCACCUGAUCACGUUGGACCAGAAGGAGUACCAACAGGAGUUGAAGAAGAACUACAACCGUCUGAGAGAGAACUUGCGGCCCAUGCUGGAGAGGAAGAUACCCGAGCUCUACAAACCCAUCAAACCACGCCUGGGGAACAGGGAUUCCGUCAAACGGCUCAGUUUCCGCAGAGCACUGGAGGAAAACUCCUGAGACAGCCAGACAGACUUCUCUAUCUGAGGGAAUGCUCCAGAGGCCAGAGAGAAAAAGGAUGCUGUAAAAGUAGAAAAGGCGGCAAAGGGAAGAGGGAGAGCAGAGGGGAGCUAGCAGUCCUCAUUCACCAUGGAAGAGCAGUAGUGUACACAUGAUUACACGGAGGACUUAUAUAAUAUCUGAAUCAAUAACACAACAUUGCUAGUUCUCUUGAGUUCUAUGAUUACUGCUAGUCCUAACGAUGCUGCAAACUACUGUGGGUUUGAGAAAGACGAGUACAAGUUCCACAUUUAAGGGAUACUUCAGGAUGUUGGCAAUGAAGCCCUUUAUCUACUUCCCCAGAGUCAAAUGAACUUCUGGAUACCAUUUUUAUGCCUCUGUGGGCAGCUUGAAGGAAGUUGCUAACUAGCGUUAGUUCAACUGCCAACUAGCGUUAGCGCAAUGGCUGGAAGUCUUUGGUAACUGUUGGCAUGCUAGUAGAUGGGUCAAAGACGUAUAAGGUUUUCAAAGUAGCAAAAAAACAAAACAGCAAUUACAAUUCCCUAAAAUGCUUUUUUUAAUGUUAAUUGGAGUGUCACCUAUGCCCAUAUUAGUUAUAUUCAAGAAUAAAGCCAAUAAUUCAUUUUUAUUGUGAUUUCAUAUAAAUGUACCUUACUGUUUUUUUAUUUGAUACAUUUUUUUGCCCAUUUUUCAUAAUCACAAGGUUAAAUAUCCAUGCUUAGACUGGCAGAAAUAGAACUACCCCGAAAAAAUGACAUUUUAUUUUGAAUACCACAUAUUUGAUGUGCCACAGGUACAACUCAAAAUAUGUUGCAGGUUUUUUACAAAAACCUCCUGCCUUACACUGAAAAAAAUGCAAAAAUCUAUGAAAAUAUCUUUCAUUCAUGCUUUGAGAUUUGUUUUUGUCUCUGAGUCAACAAAACAAAGUUAUUGUAUUUUAAUAUAAAAUACUGGUGUUAUACUCUAUGAAAAUAUUUUGUUUCCCUGAAUGACACUGGCACAGAAUAGGAUUCGCAUCCAUUAAAUGUUAUUAGUAGGCUAUACUAUGAUAACACUUAAUCAAAGUUUAAAAGUUACAUCAACUCCCUCCCCCUUUCUCUCUCAAACAUGGUUUACUACUAUUUCGUUGCUAAUGUUAAUAAUAAUCAUUUUACUAUAAUUUGAGUAUGCAGCAACACUUUACGUUGCAUUAAGUUGCAUUAUUGCACGAUUAUUACAUGAUAGUUAAUGUUGCAAUUCUGCAUUGUUACACUCUAACUGGUGAAUGUAUAUUCAAUGCAGGUACACAAAUGCAAUUUCAAGAUGCCGACACAAAAUAGCUACAUAAAAUGCCCAUCAACCUACUUCAAUUCAAACUUGUAGAGUCUAGAUAUUUCAUAAAGUGUCCCAAACGUGAAGCAGCUAUUAAUGAUUAUAAUUCAUAAUCCAUUUGGAAUCCAUAAUUACGUAAGCGUGUGCGUAAUAUUAUAUUAACCAAACAUAACUACAGUGUAAUAGUCAACUUAAUGUUAAGUGUUAUCCACCCAGCUUUAUAUCCUAUUAUAUUCUAUUCUGUUGCUGACAAUAGCAUGAAAACAAUACCUUUUGUAUUUGUAUUUAUUAUGGAUCCCCAUUAGCUGCUGACAAACAGCAGCUACUCUUCCUGGUGUCCAACAAAAUUAAGGCAGUUUAUACAAUUUUAAAACAUUACAUUACAUUGACAGAUUUCACAACACACUGUGUGCCCUCAGGCCCCUUCUUCACCACUACCACAUAUCUACAGUAGUAAAUACAUGUGUAUGUAUAGUGUGUAUGUUAUCGUGUGUGUGUGUAUGUUAUCGUGUGCAUGUGUCUGUGCCAAUGUUUGUUGUUUCACAGUCCACGCUGUUCCACAAGGUGUUUUUCUAACUAAUUUUACUGCUUGUGUCAGUUACUUGAUGCAGAAUAGAGUUCCAUGUAGUCAUGGCUCUAUGUAGUACUGUGUGCCUCCCAUAGUCUGUUCUGGACUUGGGGACUGUGAAGAGAUCUCUUGUGGGGUAUGAAUGUGUGCAAGCUGUGUGCCAGUAGUUUAGACAGACAGCUCAGUGCAUUCAACAUGUCAAUACCUCUCCUAAAUAAAAGUAGUGAUGAGCAAGUAGAGAUUGGCAUGCAUAUUAUUAAUAUUAGCUCUCUGUGUACAUCCAAGGGCCAGCUGUGCUGCCCUGUUCUUUUUAUUUAAUUUUUUUGUGGCAGCUGACCACACGACAGAACAGUAGUCAAGGCGCGACAAAACUAGGGCCUGUCGGACAUGCCUUGUUGAUAGUGUUGUUAAGAAGGCAGAGCAUCGCUUUAUUAUAGACAGACUUCUCACCGUCUUAGCUACUAUUGCAUCAAUAUGUUUUGACCAUGACAGUUUACAAUCUAAAGUUACUCCAAGCAGUUUUGUCAUCUCAACUUGCUCAAUUUCCAAAUUAUUUAUUACAAGAUUUAAUUGAGGUUUAGGGUUCAGUGAGUGUUUUGUUCCAGAUACAAUGCUAUAAAUAUUUAGGGCAAACUUAUUCCUUGCCAACCACUCUGAAACUAACUGCAGCUCUUUGAGUGUUGCAGUCAUUUCAGUCACUGUAGUAGCUGAUGUGUAUAGUGUUGAGUCAUCCGCAUACAUAGACACUCUGGCUUUACUCAGGGUCAGUGGUAUGUCAUUACUAAAAAUGGAAAAAAGCAAGGGGCCUUAACAGCUACUCUGUGGAAUUCCUGAUUCUACCUGGAUUAUGUUGGACAGGCUUCCAUUAAAGAACACCCUCUGUGUUCUGUUAGACAAGUAACUCUUUAUCCACAUUAUAGGGGGCGGCAGGGUAGCCUAGUGGUUAGAGCAUUGCAAGUUCAAAUCCCCGAGCUGACAAGGGACAAAUCUGUAGUUCUGCCCCUGAACAGGCAGUUAACCCACUGUUCCUAGGCCGUCAUUGAAAAUAAGAAUUUGUUCUUAACUGACUUGCCUAGUAAAAUAAAGGUAAAAAAAAUAGCAGGGGGUGUAAAGCCAUAACACGUGCAUUUUUCCAGCAGCAAACUAUCAAUAAUGUCAAAAGCUGCACUGAAGUCCAACAAGACGGCGCACACAAUCAUUUUAUCAUCAAUUUCUCUCAGCCAAUCAUCAGUCAUUUGUGUAAGUGCGGUACUUGUUGAGUGUCCUUCCUGUAAUUUACUGAAUGACAUUGAUGAAGCGCAGAAGUCCGGACAAAAGUUAUUAAAGUUCAAUAUUUUUUAGAUACAGUAUGUCGCCCAUUAUUCUAUAUAUUGUUCCAAACACUAACACAAUUAUGCCAUGGGUGUUCAUUUACAUUUUUAGGAUGAAUUUCUACAUUUUAAAAACACUUGUCAUUCAAAUUUUAACCUGGACAGUUACACUGAAGGAUAUUUUGUCACUUUAGAGCUCAUUAACUCCCUUAAUUUAAUAGUUUGCAACACAAAUAUUUCUGGGUCAAAAGAAGGGUAAGAGUUGUGUGAUUUAAUAUUAUAUAUUUCUUUUUAUGUUAAAUGAAUGGCCUAUGGACACAACAUUUACAUGCCUCGUCAUUGACUUAGAUACCAGUAAUUGCGGUAACGCUAGUUAGAAUUGUCUCGCAAAACUACCUCCAGCUUUCUUCAUACUGGAUGCAAAGACAUAAAAAUGGUGGUAUCCAUGAGUUCAUCUGACUCUGAGGAAGUAGAUAAAGGGCUUCAUUGCCAAAAUCCCAAAGUAUCCCUUUAAGGUCCUUGCAGGUCCAGGUGUGUGUGUGUGUGUGUGUGUGUGUGUGUGUGUGUGUGUGUGUGUGUGUGUGUGUGUGUGUGUGUGUGUGUGUGUGUGUGUGUGUGUGUGUG